AUGAGUUGCAGGUCCAAACAGACUAUGAUGUACACCAAGGGGAGAAGCUCCAGUAGUAGCUGUGGUGGAAUAAGGGUAGUUUCAGGAAUCUCCGGGAGAGGUCCGUCCUCUGUUGUAAGUAGUGUUGGAGGUGGUGUAUCUGGGAGGACCUUUUCUAGUGGCGUCUCUUAUGGAGGGGCAAGUUGCACUGAUGGUGGCUUUGGAGGGAGCUACGUGUAUGGUUCUGGGGGCAGUUUCCGCUUUGGGCAAAUUGGUGGUGGCUUUGGCAUUAGCAAUGAAACCACUUUGAUCUCCUGUGAUGAGAAGAUGACCAUGCAGAACCUCAAUGACCGCCUGGCCUGUUACUUGGAGAAAGUGAGAAAUCUUGAGGAGGAGAACGCUGAUCUUGAAGCCCGAAUUAGGCAGUGGUAUGACCGACAAGGCCCACCAUCUGAGCUAAAGGAUUAUAGCUCUUAUUAUCAACAAAUUGAGGAGUUAAAGAAUCAGAUAGUUUGUGCCACUGUGGAUAAUAGUAAGCUUAUCCUGGAUAUUGACAAUAACCGCAUGACUGCUGAUGAUUUCAGGUUGAAGUAUGAAACUGAAUUGGCUCUUUGCCAAAAUGUGGAAGCUGAUAUCAAUGGAUUGCGCCAGGUCCUGGAUCAACUGACUCUCUGUAGAUCUGAUUUAGAGGCACAACUUGAAUCCCUCCGGGAAGAGUUGUGCUGUAUCAAGAAGAACCAUGAAGAGGAAAUUAAGAGUCUGAAGAGUCAGACUUGUGGUGAUGUUAGUGUGGAAGUUAAUUCUUCCCCAGGUCCAGAUCUGAAGAAGGUUCUGGAAGAAAUGAGAUGUCAGUAUGAAACCAUGAUUGAGAACAACCGCAAAGAAGUUGAGCAGUGGUAUGAACGCAAGAUGGAAGAAGUGAAUCAGGAGGUCUGCAUCAGUAGCAAAGAAGUUGAGGAUUGCAACAAUCAAGUUGUUGACCUGAAACGUCAACUGCAAACCUUAGAAAUAGAUUUGCAGGCUCAGCUUUGCUUGAGGGAAUCACUCCAAGACUCCUUGGGCGAGACUGAAUGCCGCUACAAUACCCACCUGGCUGAAAUACAGAACCAGAUCUCCCUUGUGGAACAGCAGCUAGCAGAGUUGAGGGCAGAGAUGGAGUGUCAGAAUCGGGAAUACAGAGAACUUCUAGAUGUCAAGUGUCGCUUGGAACAGGAGAUCCAGACCUACCGCUCCCUUUUAGAGGAAGGGCAGCAAGACAUUAGUAGUCCAAGCAGCAGCCCUUCUGGAGGUGGACUUUCCAAACAUUCAGGAGGAGUUAGAGUCCUCUCUCAUUCUUACAGUAGCUCUAGUCCAGGCCAGGCCUCCUCUUCGGACACGAAAGGAUACAGCAGAUGAAUGAACAAUAAGAUCUUCAACUAAUAAAGGCUUCGCAACUCUAUUCUAUACUGCACACUGGUUCGUAUCAGUUAGCAAAAGAGGAAUCUUCCCUCUAGUUAUUGAACACUGUUCAUGGCAAAUAUCCAUCAGUGGGUUGUCUUUUAACUAGCAGAUUUGCCCACCUCUCAAGCUUAGAUAUGACCAUUAACAUGUGCAUUUCUUAAUUUCUGUGGUGUUGCUCUUGGAUGUUCCGCUGAAAAUGGGUUUUCAA